AUGUUUGGUGUUAUCAUCGUCGGUGCUGGACCUUGCGGCUUGCUACUUGCAGUCCUUCUCUCAAAGCAAGGGGUGCAAGUCCAAGUGUUGGAAGCAUCGACCGAACUUGACGACCAGCCACGAGCUUGCCAUUACAGUGCUCCCGCCAAAUUUGAGCUGGAGCGUGCUGGCGUCCUCGACAGCAUCAGCGCGGAAGGGUUUUUCCCGCGAAGUGUAUGCUGGAGGAAAAAUCAUGGGUCCCACAUUGUCGGACUGAACCACGAGAUCGAGCCGGAGAGCAGCGUGCAUCGGAUGGUUGCCCUCGAGCUGGGUCGCGUGGUCCAGAUCCUAUAUAAUGCCGCCACUGAGCAGGAAGGUACCGAAGUUCUGAUGGGGCACAGGGUCACCGCCGUUGGCCAAGAUGACCUCUCAGCUUGGGUGGAGGUGGCGCUGCCGUCUGGUCAGUCUGACCACGGCGGCCUCGGAUUGACAGGCGGAAUUGCGGAUGUCGGAGCCCUUUAUGACGCUCUCGCUGGAAUUCACAAGGGCGUGGCGGACGAACAAAUCCUCACAGAGUACAGCGAAGCCCGGUCUGCCAAGUAUCGAGGAUAUGUAGAUCCGCUAUCCACCGCGAACUUUCGACGCCUGUGGGAGAAAGACCCGGAGACGACUGUCGCUGGGGAUGGGUUUUUCCAGAUGGUAAGAGAGGCACAGGCGGAUCCGGAUGUGGCAAAGAAAAUGCUCGAGGUACGUAGUUCCCAUGAUUCAUUUGCCUAUUGGAGCAAAUGGGCUGACUUGGUUUAG